AUGGCUGACAAGAACUUCUCUGUGACAGAGUUUAUCCUCGCAGGCUCAACGAGUCAACCUGGACUCCGGAUCCCCCUCUUCUUCCUGUUUCUAGGUUUCUAUGUGGUCACCGUGGUGGGGAACCUGGGCUUGAUAACCCUGACCGGGCUCAACUCUCACCUGCACGUUCCCAUGUGCUUUUUCCUCUUCAACUUGUCCUUCGUAGAUUUCUGUUACUCCACUACCCUCACCCCUAAAAUGCUGAUGGGCUUUGUCUCAAAGAAGAACAUCAUCUCCUAUGCAGGGUGCAUGACUCAGUUUUUUUUCUUCUGUUUCUUUGUCUUUUCUGAAUCCUACAUCCUGUCAGCCAUGGCUUAUGACCGCUAUGUCACAGUCUGUAACCCACUGGUGUCCACAGUCACCAUGUCGCCUCAGGUGUGUUUGCUUCUUUUGUCAGGUGUCUAUGGGAUGGGAGUUUUGGGGGCUGUGGCCCAUAUGGUAAACGUAAUGUUUGUGACCUUUUGUGCAGACAACCUUGUCAAUCACUAUAUGUGUGACAUCCUUCCCCUCCUUGAGCUCUCCUGCAACGGCUCUUACAUAGACUUGCUGGUGGUCUUCAUUGUUGUGACCAUUGGCAUUGGGGAGCCCAUUAUAGCCAUUUUCAUCUCUUAUGGUUUUAUUCUUUCUAGCAUUCUCCACAUUAGCUCCAGUGAGGGCAGGUCCAAAGCCUUCAGUACCUGCAGUUCCCAUAUAAUUGUGGUAUCUCUUUUCUUUGAGUCAGGGGCUUUUAUGCACCUCAAACCACCUUCUAUUUUACCGCUUGACCAGGGGAAAGUGUCUUCAAUUUUCUAUACUGCUGUGGUGCCCAUGCUCAACCCAUUAAUCUAUAGCCUGAGGAAUAAGGAUGUCAAAGUUGCCCUGAAGAAAACCUUGAGCAGAAAAAUCUUCUCUUGA